AUGGCUGCAUCAUCGACAAAUGCAGGCAUGGCAGGGCUCACCGCUAGGUGGGCUGAUCUAGUUCUUGAAGAGGAGGAGGCGAGCUUCGAGCCAACGGUGGAGGCCGAAGGUGGGGGGGUUGUUGCCGGCAGUGUAGAGGAAUCAUGGGGGAUCGUGGGUCGUUUCUUGACAAGAAAGUUGGUUAAGCUCGAGUUCAUGAGUCAUGUUACGGCAUCAGACUGGCACCCGGUAAGUGGUGUUCAAGCUAUGGAGAUACAACCGGGUCUUUUCCUCUUUGUUUUUCAUCAUAUAACGGAUGUGCAACGAGUUCUGAAUGAGGGACCAUUGUCCUUUGGCAAUAGUACCUUGGUGUGCAAACAAGUGCCAGAUGGGGCCAUGCAGGCGAGUGUGGUUCUUGAUAUGGUAGACAUGUGGGUUCAGGUUCACGACUUGCCGAUGGGGUAUACGUCCGAGUUGAUAUUAGAGCAUAUCGGAAAUUUCCUCAGAACUUUUGUCAAGAGUGAUGAUCGUUUUGUGGAUGUGCCGUGGAGAGCUUUCUAUCGCAUUAGGGUUUUGCUCCCGAUUGAUAAACCCAUAAAACGGCGCAUGAAAUUCAUCAAGCGGGACAAGACGAGUUGUUGGGUUUCGUUCAGGUACGAAUGGUUACAUACGUAUUGUUUCUUUUGCGGGAUGCUAGGUCAUGUAUACAAAUUUUGUCGUCAGGCGAGGGAUUCUGUGAUGUCAGUAGAGGAGUACCCGUACGGCCCGGAGCUACGAGCAGGAGGCUCCCGCGGCCCCAGGCCGAUCGGCGGCAGCUGGCUGUUACUGGCAGGUACCGGCAUUAAAUUCGGCAGUAGCGGUUGA